CAAAGAAAGUUGGGGGCAGAAAGAACAUGCGCACUUCUCCAGAGGAUAAGAUUCUCCUCCCGUUAACCAUUACCCCACUGCUUCCAAGGCAGCGUCUUUAAGGAGGCGGGACGUGGCCAGGUAGGUGGGAGGGUCAGGUGUUUUCCAUGGACCUUGUCCUUAUUCCGAGCACUGGGUCGCUAUUCCAACUAUGGAGGCAAAUGCAGCAGAUCAGCAGGACACGGCCUUCUUAACUCCGAAGUUUGAGUUUAACCCAAAACUGGGCAUUGAUAAUCCUGUCCUCUCCCUGGCAGAAGACCAGGGCCCUUCUGAUCCUGAGAGCUGGAAGCGUCCUCGCUUCUGUCUGCUGAGCAAAGAGGGUGGGAGUUUUGGCUUCCACCUGCAGCAGAAGCUGGGCAGCGCUGGGCCUGUGGUAUGCAGGGUCGAUCCAGGCACCUCUGCCCAGCGCCAGGGGCUUCGGGUAGGAGACCGGAUCCUGGGGGUGAACCAUGAAGUUGUGGAACAGGAAGAUUAUGCAGUGGUGUUACGUCACAUCCAGGCCAGCGGUCCUCGGGUGCUGCUGACAGUGUUGGCAGAACACAUACAUGAUGUGGCUAACCAUCAGCAGAGCGAUGUCCACCUCUGUCCUACCCUUGGCCCAAGCGUCCGGCCCCGGCUGUGCCAUGUAGUGAGAGACAACGGUGGCUUUGGCUUCAGUAUCACCCACGGCCAUCGAGGUUCUUUCUGGUUGGUGCUGAGUUCUGGAGGAGCAGCUGAGCGGGCAGGGGUGCCCCCUGGGGCCCGACUGCUAGAAGUGAAUGGGGUCAGUGUGGAGAAAUUCUCUCAUAAUCAACUCAGCAAAAAGCUUUCGCAGAGUGGAAAGCAGGUUACCCUGCUGGUGGCAGGGCCAGAGGUGGAGGAAGAGUGUCGAAAGCUGGGAAUGCCGCUGGCUGCACCGCUGGCAGAGGGCUGGUCACUACCCACCAGGCCUCGCUGUCUGAACCUAGAGAAAGGGCCUCAGGGCUUUGGGUUUCUACUCAAGGAAGAGAAGGGCCUGGAAGGCCGCCCCGGCCAGUUCCUACGGGAGGUGGACCCAGGACUGCCAGCUGAGAAGGCCGGAAUGAAGGCUGGGGACCGGCUAGUGGCUGUGGCUGGGGAGAGCGUGGAGGGGCUGGGCCAUGAGGAAAUAGUGUCCAGGAUCCGGGCACAGGGCUCUCGUGUCUCUCUCACCGUUGUUGAUCCUGAAGCUGACCGCUUCUUCAGUAUGGUUCGCUUGUCCCCACUCCUCUUCUUGGAAAGCACAGGGGAUCCUCCCUCUCCCCAGGACACCUGCUCAGCCACUCUGGUUGAGAUCAAUGAUGAUGACACCACCGUGCGUCCUGUCCCUUGUGGCUCCCGCCAGUGUCUACUGUACCCUGGGCCUGGUGGUGGUUAUGGUUUCCGGCUCUGCUAUGUGGCCAAAGUGCCUCAUCUCUUCAUCUCCCAGGUUACCCUAGGAGCCUCAGCUGCCCGGGCAGGGCUGCAAACGGGAGAUGUUAUUCUGGAGGUGAAUGGGUAUGCUGUCAGUGGAGAGAAAGACCUGGAAAAGCUUCAGCAGCUGGUUGAGGCUGAGCCACCCCUGUGCCUGACGCUGGCGGCCAAGUCUCAGCAGGGCUUGGAAGCCUGGAUUUCUCCAGGGUCUGCAGAGGAUGGGGCCCUGGCUUCAGAGCUGCUAUAGAACUGUCCUGCUUGGCACAGAUCUACCCAAUGACUUCAUUCCAGCCUGGGGUGAUAGGAGUGGGGUGCUCCUAUCAUCCCACUCCAGAAACAGCUGGACUCCAGGACUCUGGAACAUCCAAUCACAGGAUUACUCAGGGUCUCCCCAUUUCUCAUGGGCCCACCUCCCAGAAUAGGGUAUGGUCAGGGACCUCCAGGCAGGCCCAUAGGAAGCUUCCCCUCUGACGCCAGAGGAAGUAAUGGGGGAGCUUUGGAAGCUAUGCCUCACGGCAUACCAUGAUAUGGUAUGAUAUUGUAAUUUAUAAUAAUAUGUAUUUGGGGGGCUUCCCUGUUGGUUCAAGGGGUUAAGACGCAGCACUAUGAAGCUAUCCAUAGCCACUGCAGCACAAUUCAAUCCCUGGCCAGGGAGGUGACUCACAUGGCACAGGAGACCUCUCCUGUCUUGCCUGCUCCUUCCCUCAGCAGUGUAUUUCAGUCGAUCCGCCUAUUCUGUUCCCCACUCUGUCUCUAGUGAAUCCUCUCACCCCCACACCUCUGGCCUGUACCCCAGUUCUUGUAUG